CCUUUGCCGGAGAGCGGGGGCUACGGCCAGGCCCUGCGAGUCUGACUCCGUGGGGAAACUGAGGCACAAGAGGCCACUUCCGAAUGCACCGCCCUGCUCCGGCAGCCGUGCGAGAGCACACGCGUGUGCACGUGCCCCGGCGGGGAAGGAUGAUCCUCCCCCAGACUUCGUCCUGAAGCCAAACGCUCUUUAGGAAGAAGAAGGGCAGGAGGGUGGGUGGCCCCAGCGCCAGAGGGAUGGCAGCAGCGGGUGCAGCACCCAGCCCAGACAUGCCGUCUCCUCCCCGUCGGCUCCGGCGGGUGCCGGUCCUCGUGCCACGGGUGCUGCCGGCUCCGGCUCUGCCUCCCUUUCUCCUCGGAUUGUUUUCAUCCCGGCCAGGGCUGGGGGAGGACCUGCCGGAGGCGCGUUGAACUUUCGUCCGCAUCCUUCAGCCUCUUGCUUCACCCUCCCGAAAUAGCAGCGCCUGCCUGGAAACCUCCCCUGGGGCUGGCAGGGCCCUGGGUCCCCCAGGGCACCCCGAGCCUCUAGGGGCUCUUCCCCAUCCCCAAACCCCAGGGAUGGGGUGACUGCGGGGUGCCCGUGCCCAGCUCCAGGGUGCACGGCCACCCCCACCGGGACAGGGACCACCGAGCCCCGUCCGUCCACUGCCCCCAGCCCGGGGCUGUCCUGGGCCCCCGGCCCCUCGCAGAAAGGGCUUUUCUGGGCCCCUGCCACCCUGCCAAGGGCUCCGGCUUUAGCCGUCAGCUGACAUUCCUCCGGGAGGCCCCUCCAGGCCUGCGCCUUGGGGCUUCCCGGCGGGAGCCGGGGUAUCCUUACACUGCACGGCCGCCCGAGGAGCCCCGCUCCCGGCUCCCACCCCAGGAGCCCACCCACCGGCCCAGCACUGAGAGGAGGGUCCCUGGACGCCCCGCUCGGCGCCCGCACCACGGUGCAGGAUGGGUGCUGUGGCGGUGCCGCCGGCGGCCGCCUGCAUCCUGCUGGCCCUGCUCCCUGUGGCCGGCGGACAGACCACCCCUCCCUCCGGCUGCAGCAAGGACCUCUCCUCCCUCUACUACAACCUCUGCGACCUCUCGGCGGCGUGGGGCAUCGUGCUGGAGGCCGUGGCCAGCCUCGGCGUGGUGACCAGCUUCGUGCUCACCAUCGUCCUAGUGGCCAGCCUGCCCUUCGUGCAGGACCCCCAGAAGAAGAGCCUGGUGGCCACGCAGGUCUUCUUUCUUCUGGGCACCUUCGGGCUCUUCUGCCUGACGUUCGACUUCAUCGUGGGGCCGGAUUUCUCCACCUGCACCUCCCGCCGCUUCCUCUUCGGCGUUCUCUUCGGCAUCUGCUUCUCCUGCCUUCUGGCGCAUGCCGUGGCCCUCAACUUCUUGGUGCGGAGGAACCGGGGCCCACGGGGCUGGGUGACGCUGGCGGUGGCCCUGCUCCUCGCCUUGGUGGAGGUCAUCAUCAACGCCGAGUGGCUCAUCAUCACGGUGGCGCGGCAGGAGGGUGGCUCCCCGGACCCUUGCCGGCUGGAGGACGCUGACUUCGUCAUGGCACUCAUCUACGUCAUGUUCCUGCUGGUGGCCGCCUUCGGCACCGCCUGGCCAGCCCUCUGCGGCCGCUACGGCCGCUGGCGCAAGCACGGCGCCUUCAUCCUGGCCACCACCGGCCUCUCCGUGGCCAUUUGGGUGGCGUGGACGGCGAUGUACCUCUAUGGGAACCAGCAAGUGGGCGAGAAGCCCGGCUGGGAUGACCCCACGCUGGCCAUCGCGCUGGUCUCCAACGCCUGCGCCUUCCUCCUCCUCUACGUCAUCCCCGAGGUGACGCACGUGACGCGGCGGGGACCCGAGCAGGCCUUCGAGGACGACGUCUACCCCACGCGUGGGGUGGGCUACGAGACCAUCCUCAAGGAGCAGAAGUCGCAGAGCAUGUUUGUGGAGAACAAAGCCUUCUCCAUGGACGAGCCCUCCUUCGCCAAGAAGCCGGUGUCCCCGUACAGUGGCUACAACGGCCAGCUGCUGACCAGCGUCUACCAGCCCACCGAGAUGGCUCUGAUGCACAAGGGUCCGACCGAAGGUCCCUAUGACGUGAUCCUGCCCCGCGCCUCCACCGCCAGCCCGGCGGCCGGCAGCGCCAGCUCCACGCUACGAGCCGAGGACGCCUUCGCGGCGCAGGCCCGGCACGCCGGCGCCCAGCGGGACGGCAGGAGCUGCCAGGUGCAGUCCCCGUACGGCAGGAACCGGUGGUGAUGCCCCCGUGGCACGGGUCCUGCAGCGCCGGCACAGCCGCGGCCCCGCCGUCCCGCUCCUGAGGUCUCGCCAAGCCUCCUCCCGCCCCGCCGCGUACAUCCCACCCCGUCCAGCGGCCGGAGCCGGUUCCUGCGUGGGGGACGCCCGGACACAGUCCUGGAGCCACACUCCUGCCUGCCCGUCCCGCCUGGCCGCAGCACCCGCAAGCUGCCAGCUCUGCCCGGACCCCCGCAUCCCUGCCGCUGUUCCCUGCCGCGAGGACCGGCUCCCGCGGGGUCACCCCGAGUCGUCCCCUCGCUGCCUUCGUGACGCACGGACACCCUGUCCCCCCUGGGCCAGGGACCAUCUGCUGCCGGGGAGCCGGUGGGACUCCUGCCCGGGGCUGCCCCCCAGCGCUGAGCCCCCAGUUCCACGCUGAUCCUCGCCAGCCCCGGGGACGUCGCAGGCCCUGAGCCGAGUCGGCACCAUCCCGCUGCAGGGCACAAGGUGAUGCAAAGCUGUCCCCAGCUCUGGCUCCCGCUGCGCCUCAGUUUCCCCAUUGCUGGGGAAGGGGGGGGGCUGCUCGGGGUCUGGGGGAUCAGUGCCUUGCUGGGGCUGGGGAACCCGGCCCCCCGCAGCUCCGGCCGCCUUUUCGGUGCCUUCCCCCCUCGGGGCUCGGGGAACCCUCCCGGGGAGCAGGGAGGGAGCUGGGCCCCUCGCCCUCCUCGUGGCUUUCUCUGUUGUUCUUCCUCUUCCCCCUCUUUUUCAGGUCAGCCCCAAUAAAGGUGUUUUUUUCCUA